AUGGACCUUGAGAGCGAGAAUCCACUGCCAUUCACGCAAAUGGUAAACCCUGCACUUUUAGGGGGGGAGUUUAUUCCUGUUGGUAGAACGAGGCUGAUCCUGCAAACAAGAACAACAAAGAAGAAAGCGCUCCAUGCCCUUCACACAGAUACAAGACAGCUGAACACGGGUGAAGGCUUCCAGGCCCUUCUUACCAAAAGGCCAAGUGGUAAAACCCCAAAGGAGUCCGAAUGA